UCCCAGAAUUCCUUUUAUCACUUCCGUGCAUACGGGUUGUCUAAGGGACAGUUGCACGGGUGGACUUCCUUUCGCUCCGACAUCUUGACGAGGAAACAUGCCUCCCAAACAGGACAAGAAGAAGGACACUGGGAAGUCCAAGAAGGACAAGGACCCAGUCAACAAGUCUGGAGGCAAAGCCAAGAAGAAGAAGUGGUCCAAGGGAAAGGUGAGGGACAAGCUCAACAACUUGGUCCUCUUCGACAAGGCAACCUACGACAAGUUGUACAAAGAAGUUCCCAACUACAAGCUCAUCACCCCCGCCGUUGUGUCGGAAAGGCUGAAGAUCCGUGGCUCUCUGGCCAGGAACGCCCUCCAGGAGCUGCUCGCCAAAGGUAUGAUCAAACUGGUGUCCAAACACAGAGCUCAGCUGAUUUACACACGUAACACCAAGGGUGGAGAUGAGGAGGCAGCAGCAGCAGAGAAAGCAUAACCAGGUUCUCCUGUGUGUGUUUCCUGCAAGCUGUUUGUAAUGAAAAGUGUAAUAAAAUUGUAAAGACAAAA